AUGCCCGAGGCACCUCCGGUGCCCCCGUCGCCCGCGGCGUCUCCCUCGGUCGACUCCUCAUCGGCCGCCUCGCCGCCCGUCGCUGCGGUCCCCGGGCCCAUGCUCACCCGCGCACGUGCGGGCGUGCGGCGGCCGUCUACACGCUACCCCCGCCGACCAGUACGUCCGUGCGGCGCUUCGGUCCGCCGCGUCCGCCUUCGGGCCAGCGGCAAGAGCGUCCUGCCGCACGACGGUGGAGCUCCUCCCAGCCGCAGACCCGGCCCGGCGCCCGGUCCGGCCGGUUUCCCGGCCGGCCAACCCGGCGCGCCGCCCGGCGUGCCGCCCGAUUCACCGCCCGGUCUGCGGCCCGGCCUGCCGCCCGGUCCGACCGGCCCACCGGCCCGCCGCCCGGCGCGCCACCCGGUUCUCCGCCCGGUCUGCCGCCCGGCCUACAACCCGGUCAGACCGCCCCCCGGCCGGCCCGCCCAGCCUGCCGCUGGCCGAACCGGCUCGGCGACCGGUCCGGCGACCGCUCCGUCGCCGGUGCCCACCUCGGCUCGCGCCGCCUUGCGCGACUGA